AUGAUUGAGUAUUAUGGAUACCCAGUCGAAUCGCACGUCGUUCCAACUGAAGAUGGAUAUCUUCUCACCAUGCAUCGCAUUCCUUAUGGCCGAGCCCUGGGUGCGGGACCAGCGCCUAAUAAACCUGUGGUUUUCCUUCAACAUGGACUGCUGAGCUCUUCCGCGGACUGGGUGAUCAUUGGACCUGACUCAGCCCUUGCUUAUCUUCUCGCCGAUGAAGGAUACGAUGUUUGGAUGGGAAAUGCAAGAGGAAACACCUAUUCAAGAGCUCACAUCUCUCUCGAUCCAGACCGUGUGCCAGAUCGUCACAAAUUCUGGGACUUCAGCUGGCACGAGAUUGGCGUGUAUGAUCUUCCUGCGAUGAUUGACUACACUUUGGAAGUGACAGGGCAGAGUAAACUGAGCUACGUUGGACACUCUCAAGGAACAACAACUCUGUUUGUGUGGCUUUCCCUUCGUCCCGAGUACAAUAAUGUGAUCAAGUCAGCUCAUGCUUUGGCUCCUGUUGCUUUCAUGAAGCACUUGAAAAGUCCCUUUAUUCGGGCUCUUGCUCCACUUGUGUAUGUUCUUCAUAUUGUAACAAGGUUACUUGGAGUGGAUGAGUUCGCUCCCAGCACCAAGAUGAUGCAGUUGGGAGGAGAAAUGGCUUGCAGGGAUGAAUCGCCUUUCCAAGAAGUGUGCGCUAAUGCACUUUUCCUAAUUGCAGGAUAUGAUUCAGAACAGUUAAAUCGGACACAACUUCCUGCUAUCAUGCAUAAUGUACCUGCGGGAGCCGCAACUCGCCAGCUAGUUCAUUAUGCACAACUACACAAUUCUGGCUACUUCAGACAAUUUGAUCAUGGGUUACUUGGCAAUAUAGGAAAAUAUGGCUCCAUCAGUCCUCCAGAUUAUCCUCUAAGUCAAAUCACAGCUCCUAUUGCUCUUCACUUUGGUGACAAUGAUUGGUUGGCAGCUGUUGUUGAUGUAGAAAAUCUACGAAGCAAACUCCCAAACGUUAUUGAAUAUUACAAUGUGCCAUUGGAUGCUUUCAAUCAUAUUGACUUCCAGUGGGCCAUCGAUGUCAAACUCUUGGUUUAUAAUAACCUCAUUAAUCUGAUUGACAUCUACGAUAACUGA